AUGGGUCACAGAUGUUCAGUCGACCAACCAAAAGGAAAAGAGAGGCGGCCUCAUAAUGUGAACACAAAUGGAGUUAUCUCAUUUCUGGUCUCAGUGAGUCAGUACACCCCAGCUCCAUUCCCCCUGGGGGAUAACCGACGCCUUAUUUCCCCAUUUUGGGGUGACGUGGAUACCAGGAAUGGGGGAACUGUACUAUACAGGGAGUCCACAGACCGUGUAUUGCUGGACCGAGCUACAAAGGAUGUUCGACGGGCAUUCUUAAAUCAUCAGAAAUUCUCAGCCUCGUGGGUUUUCAUUGCGACUUGGGACAGAGUGGCUUUCUUUGGAGCUGGAGGAAACUUUAAGAACAAGGUUAACAAUUUUCAAGCGGUGUUGAUUACAAAUGGUCGUCAUUCAUUUGCCUUAUUCAAUUAUAAUCAAAUAGUGUGGACAACGGGUACGGCCAGUGGAGGGACUGAGGACGGAUUGGGUGGAAACCCUGCUCAGGGCGGAUUUAAUGCAGGAGAUGGGGUAAGGUUCUUCAUUAUCCCUGGCUCCCGAACAAAUGACAUCCUUAAUCUUCCUUCCACCUCCAAUGUGGCCCGAGACGGUCAGUGGAUGUUCCGAACCGAUGAAGUGAGUGUGGAAGCUGGGGGAUGCAACACAAAAGGAUCUCUGACCAUAUCGCCUCGAUCAGGGAUCAUGUUAGGAGGUACAAACGUGAAAAUGAGUGGGCCUUGCUUCACUGCGGAUGAUAACAUUGUGGUUCAACUUGACAACGACGUCAACAUUAAUGCAACAUUUAGCGAUGAGCUAACGUCAUCAGUUACCAUACCCGUGUUGAACAAGACAGGACGACUAUCAUUCAAGUUAUCUACUAACGGCGGUAAUUCAUUUGAUUACAAUGGAGUGUACACAUCAGUUCCCAUAAAUCGAUACACUCCCGAGGUCAAGCGAAAGGACGGUGAUAUAUGGCAGGAGAAUUCCACGGUAGACAUUAGUUGGGACUCGGGAAGCAUUGGCGGACUGGACGAGGAAGUAUCGAUUGAUUUGGCGCGCUAUAAAAUGGGAGAUGAUGAUGUUCCCGUACUGGACAGCUUUCGCGAAGUAGUAAACACUCAGCUAAAUUCUGGACAUAGUCAGUUUACGGUUACAAAAGGAGAGGGAGACGGGAACAUUGAUGAUCGUUUUAUCAAUCUUGUUCGAGUGUCAAGAAAAAACAGAUACAGUAAUGUUUCUAAGUCUCAAUGGGUGUGGAGUGAAGUGUUUUCUUGGAAAAAUGAGCCAUGGGCUGAUCGUAGAUGUAAUGAAUGGCAUAAAAAAGAACCUAAUCCAGACAAAUUCAGAGGAGAUCCCAGCAUGCAGCCCUGCCCUCUGAGGUUGACUCAGGCUAUGGCAGAUCGCGGGCGCUACAUGUCUGACGAGGAAUGCAAUCCCAAAAAUCGCGAUGGAUGUGAUCGAUACCACAAGGGAGCUUUCCAAUGUUUUUUAAUGGUUAAUCCCAGUGCCACAGGCUCUGGUCAGCAGUGCUGCUUUAACAAAGCUGGCAACUUAAUGAUGGGCCAACCAGAUGCAGGGUCCCUCGACCGCGUUCAUCCUAAUGCUGGUCUCCCUGUGUUAUCCCAUGUCUUCCACGAUAAGGUGCCGUACCAUGACUGUUGCAUCAAUUCUAAGAAUUGUGAAAAGUACUUUGAGAAGCGGCCUUCAGACGACGGUUCGAAAUACCAAGCACCAAGACCCGCUACCGGUUUUGGGGACCCACACAUGGUUACCUUAGAUGAGAAGCCAUUUACGUUCAACGGAUAUGGCGAAUACUUCAUUUUGAAAGUGAAAGGAGUGGAAUUCACUUUGCAGGGGCGUAUGCAGCCCCUUUUAGCAGACGAGGGAUCUCCUUCAAAAGCCACGGUAUACACGGCAUUUGCAGCCAAGGAGAACGGAUCAGACGUUGUGCAGAUCCAGCUGAAUGGUCGUGGCUUAGUGGAUGUUUUGGUGAAUGGGGAAAGAGUUGAUUUUGAUGAGCUCUCCCUUCUGGAAUUCACCGGAGUCUCCGUGUUGUAUUACAUCAACACUACCAAGUAUUCCAUCAUUUUUAACUCCGGCAUCUCUGUUACAGUUGAAGGGCAACAAGAGUUGCUCGGUCUCGUGACUUUGGUGCCAACAAUUUUUAAAGGUAAUACGUCCGGUCUCCUUGGUUACUGGGAUGACAGCCAAGAAACGGAGUUCCUCAAACCCGACGGAACAUUCUUGAAUACAAAUUCGAGUUUGGAAAUCAUACACAGGGAAUUUGGACAAUUAUGGGUCACCAAACCAGAUGAGUCUCUCUUUGUUUAUCAACAAGGGCAGGACCACUCCACAUUUCACCAUCCAAAUUUUCGGCCAAUAUUUCCGGACAGUCAAAAAUUGGAUUUCACUGAUAAGGUGCUGGAGAAGGAAGCCCAAGAUGUCUGCGGAGAUAGCUCCGAGUGUUUGUUCGAUAUUUUCACAACUGGCAAAGUGCAAAUCGGACGAGCUACAAAAGAGACUGUGACUCAGUUUGUUGCUGUAGUGAACGAUACUGUGAAGCCAGCUUGCGUACCACUGAACUCGCAGUUGGCCAAUGGGGUUGUACAUAGAAAUGACACUGAUGGUAGGAUUGAUUACACGUUUGCCUGCAUUGAAGGUUUCUUCAUGAACGGUUCUAGUCACUUGACGUGUAAAGAUGGAGUUUACAAUGGUUCGGCUCCAAAUUGCUUGCCAAAAGAAUGCCCAGUUCGUUUCUGGCAUCUCAGAAAUGGCCGCUUCCAUGGGAAUGGCAGUGUUUAUCGUUCAACAUAUCAUUUCCUGUGUAACGCUGGAUAUGCAUUGGUGGGUGAUAUAACCGUGACAUGCACGGCGGAUGGCUCAUGGAAUGGUUCAAAACCCGUCUGCUUGCGAGAAUGUCCAAGGCUCCCUUCUUCCAUAUUAAACGGCCAAGUGGACGGUUCGGGUCAUUUGCAGGGAUCACACCACAGGUUUAGCUGUCGCGCCGGUUACUCUCUCGUAGGCCAGGCCACAAUAUACUGUACCGAUGAAGGGAAAUGGAAUGCUAGUGUUCCCAUAUGUCUGAGAGAAUGUCCUCAUCUUCCAUUAUCCAUACCAAAUGGAUUGGUUUUUGGGAAAGGGUCGGUGGAAGGAUCUCAGUACAAGUUCAGCUGUAAGGAAGGAUACUUUCUUGUGGGGUCAAAUUCACUUCAAUGUACUGAUCAGGGAAACUGGAAUGGCUCUGUUCCCACAUGUCUCAAAGAAUGUCCACAGUUACCAUCAACAAUACCCAAUGGGUUUGUCAACGGCACAGGUUUCUUGGAGGGUUCCUUGCACAGAUUUAGUUGUUUGCAGGGCUACUCUCUUAUUGGAGAGAAAACGCUAGUUUGCUCUAAGGACGGAAACUGGAAUUCCAGCCUUCCCAGUUGCCUCAAAGAUUGUCCUGACCUUCCGUCGUCCAUACCAAAUGGAAAAGGAAACGGAACUGGUUUCGUAGAGGGUUCCAAGCAUCACUUUACUUGUCAUGAGGGAUAUUCACUGGUUGGACAACGAGCGCUACACUGUAAUAACACAGGUUCCUGGAAUGGCUCUGUGCCUGUGUGUCUUAUAGAUUGUCCUAGGCUGCCAUCUGAAAUAAACAAUGGCAAAAUAAAUGGAACAAGUUAUGUAGAGGGGUCCUUGUACAAAUUUAGCUGCAACGAUGGUUACUCUCUCGUGGGUCAGGAUCUUUUGUAUUGCACUCAAAAGGGAAAUUGGAACGCUGGUGUCCCAGUUUGUCUCAGAGAAUGUCCUAACCUACCGUUGUCUUUACCGCAUGGUUUCAUCGAGAGCAGAGGCUCUCUCAAGGACCUCGGCUCCUUCAAGGGCAGAGGCUCCUUAGAGGGAGCUCAGUAUCAGUUCAGCUGUGAGAAAGGGUACUCACUUGUUGGUGUGGAAAUGUUAGUUUGCACGGAUGCUGGGAUAUGGAAUGACUCACUUCCCUCCUGUCUUAAAGAGUGCCCGGUACUUCCUUCAUCGUUAGCAAAUGGCUUCGUCAAUGGAAGCGGCUCAUUGGAAGGUGCCGAAUACAAUUUUAGUUGCAAGAAGGGGUAUUCUCUUGCAGGUGCGCCCACAGUAGCUUGCACGGAUGCUGGGGUGUGGAAUGGCUCGCUCCCAACCUGUCUCAUAGAAUGCCCAAAGCUUUCUUCGAUUCUUGAACACGGAGCAGUUAAUGGAUCAGGACACGUGAAAGGUUCUAUCUACAGAUUUAGCUGCAUGGAUGGUUACUCUAUUGUCGGACAUGAUACUGCAUAUUGUACAAGAACUGGCGUGUGGAACGCUAGCGCCCCUAUUUGUCUCAGAGAAUGCCCAGUUCUUCCCUCAUCGAUAUCGCACGGUUUUGCUAACGGUAGCAGCUCAUUGGAAGGUGCUCAGUACAAGUUCAGUUGUCAGGAGGGAUACACUCUCAUUGGUGCGGACGUAUUAGCCUGUACGGAUUCUGGCGUGUGGAAUGGCUCGCUUCCAACCUGUCUCAUAGAAUGCCCUUCACUGGCUUCUGGCAUUGAUAAUGGCUUUAAACAUGGCCUUGGGUCGGUGGAAGGCUCCUUAAUCUGGUUUAGCUGUGCUAGCGGUUAUUCCCUUGAGGGAAACAAAUACCUCUAUUGUGACGAAAAAGGCCAGUGGAAUGGUACGAUACCUUCUUGUUUAAAAGAGUGUCCUCAAAUGAACAGCACCCUAAAAAAUGGGCACAUUUAUGGUAAUGGAUCCACAUCAGGUGCAGUGUAUAGCUUUCUUUGCGAUGAAGGAUACAGCAUAGAUGGAGAAACAUCGCUGCGCUGUAAUGAAAAGGGACAAUGGAAUGGUCACAUUCCUGUAUGUUCAAGGGCUAGCACAGAUAAAGAAGGAAGGGAUAGAAACAGCUGGUACUUUUACGCCCUGAUUUGUGCUGCAGUCCUAAUUCUGAUAAUCGCAAUUGGCCUGUUGGUACUUUAUCGUCGAAGGAGGUCAGGUCGAAGAGAUAAAGCAACCACGAAUGGUAACGAAGAGACAGAACUGGAAGUUAUGAUGGAACCUGAACUACUCGUGGAUAGCAAACACAAACCUAUAAGAGUUCCACUAGACGAUCGCCCUGAAGAUCCGGCUGGUGUGGUGUAAAUGAUUUCUGUAGACCCCUAACUAUGCUUUCUGAAUUAUGGAAAGUGUCAGGUCUUUGAUGAAACUACCUUAGAGCCCUGGUUGAAGGCUUGAAUAUUCCCAUUGCAACUUACGCAGAUAAAGAAGAGGACAUCAAGAGACCCUCCCUUAGUGCUUCUCUCAGUAUUUGAAAUGUCUGUACAAUUAAUUUUUUCAAGUGGCGACCUCAGUUAUCCUAAAGAGGAAUAUAAAUGAAAAUUCACUCACAGCGAUGAGCUCCAUUAACUUCCUGCUUGGAAUCAAUCGAUUUUGAACAUGAACAAAGAUAUCGAUACUAAGUGAGUAAAAUAUGCUGCAUAUCGUGUCAGCGUCUCUAAGAUUAACUAACGAGAAGCUACAUUCCAUGGAUUUAUGAUUUCAAAGUAAGCAAAGGCUUUACACGCCCUGUCAAUAUUUAUUUCAAGGUGUAAUUUAUAAUGAUGUCAAGUAAGCGUGUAGAGCUUCAUUGUUCAGGAAAAUAGUUUUAAGUGUUAGUUGUAAUAGAAAUCUCCUUCUUCAAGGUUUUCAUUGAAAUUUUCAACCUUCAAUUCAAACGAAGCAAAAGAAGCCUUUUGAUCUCAGCGUUUAUUUCUGAAAAGAAAAAACAAACAAAGAGACUUUCUACGUUGUCAUGUUCCUUUUGUAAAAGAUACUAUUGGUUUCCGAUUCGCCAUUAAUCACUUGUUAUGUUCUGCUUUAAUUAUCAGCUAAUAAAAAGCAUAAGUCACCUUCUA